UAUCAUUGAAUCUGACGUUUGUGAAAGUUCCAGUAGGUAAAUUUUCCAAAUUUUCGUACAUUUCGGUUAUUCCAAAAUCGGCAGUUUUCAUGGACCGAAGACGAAAAUGCGCCCUUACAAAACUAAAAACCUUGCUCAACUUGUUGAACGAAGAUAAUGAUCUUCAACAAUGCGGAACAGGGGACGCUGGAAAUUUCGGAAGAUACAGAACGACUUCCCGCGAAAAAUAUCCAACAUGUCCUGCUAUGGCUCGAAAAUGUCCACCUAGGAGAGAAAAUGUUCCCUUCGAAUCAACGUUGCGAAAAAAAAAUUAUCCUCUGGUGCCAUAUCGCGAGAAACCCUAUGAAAAAUGUUUUCAAAUCCAUGAAUGUUCACCUAAUACUACUCUUUGUUUCAAGUCGGCUGUGCCACGAGAAUAUGACCAGUCCAAUAGUUACAGAGUUUCUAGGUCCUCACCAAUUAGAGGUGGAAGAUGUCCUUACACCCAAAGAAAAUCCCCAAAAUUAUAUCUGAUCAGUACUGAUGAUCCAGAACAAAUGGAAACUGCAGUUUGUAGAGCCAACCGACCUUUGAGAAAACUGCAACACAAUGCUAUCCCACCACCGAGAUGUUGUCAGUCCAGGGAGUUGAGAGGUGGUUUGAUGUAUCGAGGUUGUGACUGUGAUAAAACCAACGGUUUGCAAGACAGGUGCCUGAGAUUCUGCUGCCUUAGGAACCCCAAAUGUAAGACCAGACCUGCAACCUGUUAUCUCAGUCGAUUUUCUGGGGGAAAACAUCUUCCUGACAUAACCACACGGGUUAGUUCCGACCCUACAUAUGUAGAUUUCCAUGACGCAGAUUAUGAUUGUCCAUUAUACGAGUACGAGGAUCAUAGAAUCGAUCCACCAGCCUUCCAUGAAGAUCUAGACGAUACAUUCAUUCCUAACUACCCCGAUUAUGAGAUUGUAAACCCUCGAAAAGUACUCUGCCGGUCUUUCCCGACUUGCAGUCGUAUUCCAGAAGAACCUCCCUCGCAAGAUAUCAGAAUGUUCACCUGUUGUCGUAGAGAACCUAAAGUCUUGAAGAUUCCAGAAGUCAUUUACGAAUCGCACAACGAUGCCUGUAGGUUUGAACCGACUAAAGUUUGCGUUUUUUGUCCACUGAGUUAUAUGGAAAGUCCUCAUGAUGAAUGUGACGAGUGGUAGGAUAAGAAAAAAAAAACAUUGAGUCUUAGUUUAAGCAGAAGUACAUUGUGUAUCGAAAACUAUCAUUUCAAUAAAUUCGCAUUCCAUAAAGAAACAAACUAUAAGGACAAGGG